AUGCCAUCGUUGCAUUUAUGUUAAUUUGUUUGUACAUGUACGAUCACAUAUACGUAUUUUCCCCGUGCAUUCUCGUAUCUCUGUAUAUACGCACACAUAGAGAUGACGCGCAUGUUUUCAUUGGGUUAUCCCCAAGUUAUCCCCGUCUUGUAGUAACUGGUAGAUCUAUCCAGUAGAUGAUCGCAGUUAGUGAUCGAGCGUCGAGUUAUAAGAAGGCGCGGAAUCAUCGAGAAAUCAUCGGUCUUUCAUCACACAGUGCUUUAUCAUGUGGAUUAAGCAAGUUUCUGCCUUAUUAACGAUUGUUUAUGCGUAUAUUGGUUCCGGGUAUGCACAAACUAAUGAUUGCGGGCUCGAGAGAUUCCAAUGUUAUAAUGGAGAAUGUAUAGCGGGCGAAUUAUUAUGCGAUGGCAAAGCGAAUUGUAAGGAUUCAUCCGACGAGACACAGGCCGAAUGUAUGAAACCGGAGAUUCUGUGUCCUGAUUAUGCUUUUCGAUGUAAAUACGGUGCAUGUAUAAACGGAGACGCCGUCUGUAAUAACGUUCAGGACUGUGUCGACAAUAGUGACGAAACGCAACCUCAGUGUACAAGAACGAGUGAAAACAAUAAUCAAACAGCAACACAAUGCAGAACAAAUCAAUUUACAUGUGACAACGGACAAUGCAUUAAUAGUAUCGAUGUAUGUGAUGGGGAUAAAAACUGCUUGGACGGUUCCGAUGAAGUAUACGCAAGAUGCGGGUCAUUCAUUUGUCCGCCGACAGUUUUCCGUUGCACUUAUGGAGCUUGCAUCGACGGUAAUCUACGAUGUAACGGAGUAAUCAAUUGCGCCGAUGGAUCGGACGAGAAUCCACAAUUAUGUGGCGGAACCAGAUGGCCAUCGCCGUUACCACCGGUAACAAUAACACCGCAACCAGGAACAACAACAGAACGAUCAUCAGGACAGUCUUCAAGUUCUACUGUGUCAUCUGGUAUAAAAACUUGCAAAGCUCCACCACAACCGCAAAACGGUCAUUGGAAGUUGCAUCGAUCGCAAUGUUCAAACACUAGACAAGAUUGUGAUAUUUCGCAAGGAGUGAACCUGGAACCAGGAUCUCAUCUAAUUUAUUCUUGUGAUGAAGGAUUUCAGAUAAGAGGUUCUAUCGAUGUAAGUUGCAGUUUUGAAGGAAAAUGGCUUAAUAUACCAUUUUGUACAGAAAUUCGCUGCAAAGCUUUAAGUUCAGCAUCAAUUAGGGCUGAAUGUACAUACAAUGGUGAAUGGGCAUCUUGUGAUUCUCCAGUUUUACCUAGAACAAGGGCGAAAUUGUACUGCCGAAACAGUUAUCAACCUGAAAGCAAUCAAGUACUUUCAACACAAAGGGAUUUUGUAACAUGUAAUGCGAAUGGUCAAUGGGAACCAGAACCUAUAAGAUGUACUCCAGUAUGCGGCAUACCGCCUUCCAAUGUUACACCGCUCGUUAUAGGCGGUUAUCAACCUAAUAUCACGGAAUUUCCAUGGCAUGCGUCACUGUAUCUCAGUGUCUCACAAGACAAGCCAAAAGAAUUCUUCUGUGGAGCAUCUAUCAUUCAAGAGAAUCUCUUGAUAACAGCAGCUCAUUGCAUAUACGAUGAAGAUACUAGACAAGUGAUUGAUCCGAAGAAAAUUUACAUAGCAACAGGAAAUAUCUUCCGCGAUUAUGAUUAUCCCUCUCCAUAUGUUACAACCAAUCAGGUGAAACAUAUUUACACUAUAUGUAAUUAUCUAGGAUUUUCAGGAAAUUAUAUCAGGGAUAUCGCGAUAUUAGAACUCGCCAAACCAUUUGUAUUGUCAGCUACGUUAGUUCCUGUAUGCAUAGAUCUUCUCAGCGAUAGAAGAGUAUUAGAAGCAGGCGCAGUGGGAAAAGUGGCGGGAUUUGGUAGAACCGCAGAUGGUAAAUCCAGUGCAAUUUUACAGACUUUGACAGUGCCAUAUAUUCCAUUCAGUCAAUGCAAGUCUGCAAGCCAAGAUGUCAAUACGCAACAAUAUCUUACUACUGAUAAAUUUUGUGCAGGCUACACAAAUGGUUCUUCCGUUUGUGAUGGUGACAGUGGCGGUGGAUUAGUCUUUAAGACUAAUGGUUUAUGGUAUCUCAGAGGUAUUGUUAGUGUUUCCCUUGGUACAAUACUACAGGGUGGAAGUGCUCAUUGUAACAAUAAUUUGUAUUCUUUAUAUACACAAAUAUCCAGUCAUAUUGAUUGGAUACAAAAUGUAAUACAAAUUGUUAAAUUGCAAUAUAAUCAGCCACAUAUAGAAAAUGUGUGUAAAAAAUAAAUAGAAAUACACAUAAA